AAUUCGCUGUCUUCUUCCCUGAUGAUUCGCUCGCCUCGCCUUAAACCCGAACCAAUCCCAUGCUACCAAGUGCCACGGCGGCAAACACGUACUACUACUACUACUGGCCAGGCGCCGCGGCGGCUGGGGGUCUAGGGUUUAGCCGGGCGGCAAUAAUUGGGAGGGCCAAAGGAGAAUCGAAUCGAUACUCCCGGUCCCGGACGACCUGCUUGUGCUUGGCCGCGCGCGUCUCGAUACCACCUACCCCGUCGCCGUCAGAGCCUCUCCCCACGCGCCGCUCCCCUGUCCCCGCGUCCGCCGCCGCCGCCGCCUGCUGCCGGGACGAGAUGGAGGCCGCCGCCGCCGUCGCCGUCCCGAGGCACAAGGUGAAGAAGCAGAUUAACCUCUUCUACUGCGCCGAGUGCGAGGAGCUCGCCCUCAAGGUCGCCGCCGCCUCCGACGCCAUCCAGCUCCAGUCCAUCAACUGGAGGAACUUCCCCGACGGGUUCCCGAACCUCUUCAUCAACAACGCGCACGACAUCCGGGGGCAGCACGUGGCCUUCCUCGCCUCCUUCAGCUCCCCGGCGAUCAUCUUCGAGCAGAUCUCCGUCAUCUUCGCGCUGCCCAAGCUCUUCAUCGCCUCCUUCACGCUCGUGCUGCCCUUCUUCCCCACGGGCACCUUCGAGCGCGUCGAGGAGGAGGGCGACGUCGCCACCGCAUUCACGCUCGCGCGCAUCCUCUCCAUGAUCCCAAAGUCGCGCGGCGGGCCCACCAGCGUCGUCAUCUACGACAUCCACGCGCUCCAGGAGAGGUUCUACUUCGGGGACGACGUCCUGCCCUGCUUCGAGACCGGGAUACCGCUCCUGCUGCAGCGCCUCAGCCAGCUUCCCGACGCCGACAAUGUCACCAUUGCCUUCCCGGAUGAUGGGGCGUGGAAGCGCUUCCACAAGUCGUUGGCCAAUUUCCCAGUGGUUGUCUGUGCGAAGGUCCGUGAAGGCGACAAGAGGAUAGUCCGGAUUAAAGAAGGGAACCCUGAAGGGCGACAUGUCGUUAUUGUUGAUGAUUUAGUUCAAUCUGGUGGAACUCUUAGAGAGUGCCAGAAAGUUCUGGCUGCUCAUGGUGCUACAAAAGUUAGCGCCUAUGUAACUCAUGCUGUGUUCCCCAAUCAGUCAUAUGAACGCUUCAUGACUGCUAAUUCCGCUGAGCCAGGUGACCAGUUUGCUUACUUCUGGAUCACGGAUUCAUGCCCUCAGACGGUGAAAGCCAUCAGCCAACAACCUCCAUUUGAGGUGUUGAGCCUUGCUAGCUCGAUCGCUGAUGCCCUUCAGAUAUGAACAUGGACUGUGAAAUGGGCUGAAUGUAGAGCUUACAUUUCCAGCUCCAGCAGAACAAAUAAUGUGGAGCGAGUUCGAGUUGUCUAAUUGUGUCGAGUCUGAAGCUUUCAUAAGCAGCCCAUGGUUUGAUAAUAAAACAGGGCAUUGGAUAUUCA